AUGCCUCCUGCUCGAAAGCGUCGCGCAGACCCAGACGAUUCCGACGCAGACGUUAGACCACCACAGCGACGUAGAGUGUCAGACCCCGAUGAAGAUGACUAUGCCGGCGAAGCCAGCAAUACUCAAGGCGAUGGCAAUUUUGACGCCAUGGUGAAGAACCUGGUCCGUUUAGCUCUCGCAUGCGAAUAUUCCAGGACGCCCAUCAGACGCAACGACAUCACCACCAAAAUUCUCGGAACGAACAAUCGACAAUUCAAAGCAGUCUUCGCAGAAGCUCAAACCCAACUUCGAGGAACCUUCGGCAUGGAAAUGACCGAGCUACCGCAGAAAGAAAAAGUCACCUUGGCACAACGCAGAGCGGCGCAGAAGUCGCAGACUACACAGAAGAAUGUUACCUCUUGGGUCUUGACAUCAGUAUUGCCCGAAAGAUUCCGCCAACCAGAAAUUCUACCUCCAUCACGAGCACCGACGUGUGAACUCGAAUCGCAGUACACGGGACUAUAUACGUUCAUCGUGUCACUCAUCUACUUGGCCGGCGGCUCACUACCAGACGGAAAGCUAGAACGCUACCUCAAAAGAGUGAACGUGGAGGAGGCAGCGGCGCAAAACAGUAUCAACAUCAUGGCUAGCGGAGGAGACAAGACAGAGAAGCUGCUCAAGCGUAUGGAAAAAGACGGCUAUGUCAUCAAGAUCCGUGACAAUUCGACUGGAGAGGAGAUGGUCGAGUGGAUGGUUGGACCCCGUGGAAGAACGGAAAUCGGUGACAGUGGAGUCAGAGGAAUGGUGAAGCAGGUCUAUGGUGAUGUGGGAGACCCAGCCGAGCUUGCAAGAGCGUUAGAACGCAGUCUUGGUGCCAACGAAGUACCAAAGAGAAGAGAGGAACUGGCGGCGCAAUCUCAGAGGAAGGGAAGACGCCGCAGGACCGAGGCACGAGGCGAAGACGAUAGCAGUGGUGGCAGCAGCGACUCGAAUUGA